CUUUGGUAUAAAGAAUUGAUGGUGUGGGGUGAGAAGGACAAAAGGGUUGAGAGGCUAUUAUUUUAGUUCUUACAAGAAAUGAUGGUAGACAUAGGGGAGUGCUGAUGAGGAGCUGUGAAUGGAUUUUAGAAACACUUGAGAGAAUCAAGAGGACAUGAUUUAGGGUUGGACUUGGAAAGGAGAAGAAAGUAGAAAAGGUGAUGCCUACAUUUUUCACUUAGGCAAUUUGUACCAUUCAGUGAAAUAGGAAACAAGGGAAGAAGAGCAGGUUUUUGUGUAUACAAAGAGGAGGAUGGAUGACGCAUUGAGUUUUGGAUCUGAGAUGUUUGUGGAACAUCCUAGUGGAGAUGUCCAAAAACUCUUCUACAUGUGGUUCUGAGCUCAGGACAAAGAUUUGGGCUGGAGAUAGAGAUAUUGAAGGCUUAUGCAUAGAAAUGGCAUUUGAAUCUAUAGAGAUAAAAAGACAAAUCAGAGGAAAUGUGUAAAGUGAGAGAGUAAAAGCCAAGUACCAAACUGGGGGGAAUACCUACAUUUAAAGGAUGCAGUAGAAAGAAGCUAAUACAGAACAGAGAGCAGACUAACCAAAAGGGAAGAAGAAAAACGAAGAGAAUUCCACCGACUCCCAGGAGAGCAUUUCAAGAUUGAGGGGAUAGGUGUUGUGUUGAAUUUUGCAGCCUUGAGAAUCAAGGGCCAGAACACAGCUUUUAGAUUUAGCAACAAGGAGUAUGGUGAUCUCAAUGAAAGCAGCUUGGAGGCAGAGGCAGAUUGCAAUGAGUGAAACAGUGAAUGGAAGUUGAAGAAAUGAUACAGACAAUUCUUGCUAAAAGCUUGGCUGUUAAAAGGAGGAGAGAAACAAGACUGGCUGCAAAGUGAGAUUGGGUUGAUGGAGCAGUUUUAAAUCUCAAAGAGCUUUGUGCUUUUUUUGAUUAUGAAAAUAAUGUGUUCAUUGUAACUAAUUGAGGCAAUGAAAAAAAUAAUAUGAAAGACAAAAAUAUAAAAACCACCCAGAAAUAAUGAUAGCUACCAUUUUGAUACAAUAUUUCUACACUUCUUUCUAUAUAUAUAUAUAUAAAAUAUAUACAGACACAGAAAUGCUUAUAUUUUUAUUAAAAGGGAUUGUACUAUACCUAAGCUGCUUUUUCCAGUUAGUGAUAUAUAUGGACAUCUCUCUAUGGCAACGAGUAAUUGCAGUUAUAUUAAGUUCAUGAUAUUUCACAAUAAGGGCAUAUCUUUGCCCAUUUUAUUUAAUCAAUUCCUAAUUGGUGAAUGCUUGUUUCCAGUUUGUUGUUGUUAUUAACAAUGUUCCCAUAAGCAUUCCUGUACAAAAAUGUUCACACAUUUGUCUGAUUUUUUCUUCAGGAUAAAACUCAGGAGGUAGAAUUGCUGGGUUGAUAGAAGAGAAAGGAUGAUUGAAAACCUGGAAUCAGAUUACUUUCACAAGAUGGAAUCUAAAUUAUCAAUCAUAAGAAAUUUGAAUGACCAAGUUCUCUUCAUUGACCAAGGAAAUCGGCCCCUAUUUGAAGAUAUGACUGAUUCUGACUGUAGAGAUAAUGCACCCCGGACCAUAUUUAUUAUAAGUAUGUAUAAAGACAGCAAGCCUAGAGGUAUGGCUGUAACCAUCUCUGUGAAGUGUGAGAAAAUUUCAACUCUCUCCUGUGAGAACAAAAUUAUUUCCUUUAAGGAAAUGAAUCCUCCUGAUAACAUCAAGGACACAAAAAGCGACAUCAUAUUCUUUCAGAGAAGUGUCCCAGGACAUGAUAAUAAGAUGCAAUUUGAAUCUUCAUCAUACGAAGGAUACUUUCUAGCUUGUGAAAAAGAGAGAGACCUUUUUAAACUCAUUUUGAAAAAAAAGGAUGAAUUGGGGGAUAGAGCUAUAAUGUUCACUGUUCAAAACGAAGCCUAGCUAUUAAAAUUUCAUGCCAGGCGCAGUGGCUCACACCUGUAAUUCCAGCCCUUUGGGAGGCCGAGG